AUGGAUCAUACGAUGCUGGACCUGGAUCCUCAGCGGAGGCGUCAACCGUUGACGGAUGCUCCUGGCCGAGUCAAUCACGCCAGAUCGCCUCGAGUCGAAACACCAAGCGUCAGAGUGGAUGAGCCAGACCAGGUCAAGACGCCCGACAGAAUGUCGGUGCUUCUGAGUCCCACUCCGAGGGAUAACAAGGAGAACCAGCGAUUGUCCGUGGCGACAGAUCUCCAAAGCGACUCUGCCCGGAACUCCAUGAUGUCGGCAGCGUCAAUCGUGUCAAACAAGGGCAAGAGAAAAACUCAUGUAGGACCAUGGCAGCUGGGAAGAACCCUGGGGAAGGGGGCUACAGGCCGUGUGCGGCUGGCCAAACAUGCGAUUACCGGAAAUACAGCCGCCAUCAAGAUUGUCUCGAAAAAGUCGGCGGCGAUGGUGCAAAGUGAGAGUAUCGCCGCCAUGGAUCGGAAUGUCAGCAACUUUGCAGGUGCCAACCCGCGACCAAUGCCUUGUGGGAUCGAGCGAGAGGUCGUCAUCAUGAAAUUGAUCGAACACCCCAAUGUCAUCAGCCUGUACGAUGUGUGGGAGAACCGUGGAGAACUGUAUCUUGUGCUCGAAUACGUCGAGGGUGGUGAGCUAUUCGACUAUGUAUCAAACAAUGGACCUCUUCCCGAGGAGGAGGCCGUUCGACUGUUCCGCCAGAUCAUCGCCGGAUUGGGUUAUUGCCAUCGCUUCAACAUCUGCCACCGCGAUUUGAAACCUGAAAACAUUCUGCUGGAUGGAAACCACAAUGUCAAGCUUGCUGAUUUUGGCAUGGCUGCCCUCCAGCCUGCCGGCCACUGGUUGAACACGUCAUGUGGAAGCCCUCAUUAUGCAGCACCGGAGAUUAUCUACGGUCGAAAGUACCGUGGGGACAGGGCAGAUAUGUGGAGCUGUGGUAUUAUCUUGUACGCUUUGCUGACUGGCUAUCUUCCGUUUGACGGAGGGGAUCUUGCAAACACCCUGAAGCUGGUGAAGAAGGGAGACUACAUUAUUCCUUCCGAGUUGAGUGACGAGUCGGCGGACCUCAUCCAGCGAAUUCUGCAGAAGCGACCAGAGGACCGAAUUAGCAUGCAGGAUAUUUGGUUGCAUCCGCUGUUGACAAAGUACGAAAAGCUUCACAAUGCCAUGGCCGAUUACUACAUUGGUCCACCCCCGGCCUUGUCCGUUAGGGAUUGCGGAGAGCCAGUGUCGUGUCGACAAGACAUUGACCUGGAUCUUCUACGUAAUCUGCAGACUCUGUGGCAUGACGUUAAAGCCGAUGCUCUUAUCACAAGGCUGCUAUGUGUUGAACCGACCCAUGAGCGGAUGUUCUAUAAUGCUCUACUGAGGUUCCGGGAUGAGCAGUUGGAGAACUACCAGGGACAGCCACUCGAGUAUUCCGCAAGUGAUUAUCACCAUGUUUCUCGCCCUGGAGGAAGAGGUCGCAGAGGUCGCAGCUCGAGGCGCGCCGCGCAACCCGCGUCUAUGACGGGUCUCCCACGUCGAUUGAGCUCAAGACAAGAGCCCAGGUCUUCUGACACUGUCGAGAGCUACGACCCGUUCCGGUCUCCAAAGAACCGGGCCCCCGCCGAGCCGCAGUACGCCCAAAUUACUAUCCAUCGAGCUCCACCGGAUGUUCCUGAGAAGGAGGAAUCUUCGCCCAUGGUGAAGCCACCACCUUCAAUUGCAGAGGAGGAUGAGCCUGAGGAAGAGGAUGUGCAGGCUAGCUCGCCGUUUACCAUUCUUCAAAAGCGGAAACACAAGCCUAGCUCUAUGAAAUCGUUCCAGUCCUCCAAGGUGCCACACUCGAGCUCACGACACCCCGGGUUGUCGACUCGGUCCACCAGCUAUCGCCGCAACGUUUCCUUCCGCCAUGCCCGCAACCGGUCCCAUGGAUCGACGACUGGCAAACCGAAGAGAAGAAAGACAACCCCAACCCCAAAUCCCCAGACCGAGCUCAAACGGUCGCCCAGUACCUGCAGUCUCCAGAUUAUUGCCGACGGUAACGACCUGCCGAUGCCCAGCAGCCCGCCACUUCCAGCCCAACCACAAAUGGUUCGGGGCAACGGGGGCAGGGCCAAAGGUCUUGGCCAGGUGAGAAAGGUUCGCGAGUCCGACAUCACAUGGAAAGAGGAAACUCGCAAGGUCUCUCACGAGCUCAGCCAGAUCUGCGAGGAGGCUUUCAAUGGCAGCUCUGUUACAACCAUGCGCAGUGCCAGCACGGGCACGGGAUACGAGACCCCGGCGACUCCCGCUUCUAUGGCCAGUCCGGAAAGUCGUCCGGCCCCAGCACCCAAGGCCAUGCCAGUACCUCCAAAGGAUACCACCCGUUCUUCCUACAGCAUCAAGGAGCUGACGGAGACCCGUCGCAAGCUUGUCGAGCACAGCAAGGGUCGAAACGACAACAUUCCUGCAUAUCUCUCAGGCGUCAUUAGCCAUCUAGACCGUCUCAUUGAGGAAGAUAAAGCCCAACACCGGGCAGAGAACGUCAGCCAGAUUUCGGACCCUUUUGUGUCAAUCCCCCACGAAGCCUCUUUGCCUGUGAUCAACGAGGAGUUUGCUAGCCCUGCUCGGGGAUCUAGCGAACUUACCCCACAGCCCCAAUACAGACCGAGGAAAUUUGCUGCAGGACCCUCCCUUGGUGAUGCCAGGAAUACCAUCCGCAUGGUACCACACAGCUCCUUGCGCUCUCUCGACGAAGUGAAGCCAUUGACCAUCCGGAAGAAGAAAUCUGAUCUGGCUCUGCGGUCUCAUGCCAAAGAUGUCUUUAGCAGCAAUGCACCGGAAUCUAGUCGAGCCUUCUCUGCUGGAUCUCGCCAAACGCGUCAUCCCUGCGGAUUGGAUCCCAUUGAAGAAGCGCCUGCUCCUCCCCAGAAGAACGCCCGCGGUAGCCAUGCCAAAAAGUGGUCAUGGUUCAAGCACCGCUCCAAUUCGUGCGACACCCCGCCUUCUCUUCCACCCAAGGAUACCAAGCCCAUCAUCCCCAGUAAUGGCACCGUUGUUGUCAAUCCCCCUGUGAACGUCGCUGGUUCGCCUCGUGUUGAACAGGCAGAGAAGGCACCAACCCGGAAAUCAUCCAUGGAGCGAUUUGGUGGCAAUUUCUUGAAAAAGAUCAUGCCUAAAAAGUCGAGCAACAACGUCCAGCAGCCUAUUAUGGGCCAAGAGAAGCCUCAUGCGAAAGACCCUCGCCACUCGGAUCUUCUCUGCAAAGGCCUCCCUGACACCGAGAGCUCCUUUGAGGCCGAUGACCCGCAAAGCCCUUCGAGGAACAACAAACGCCUUUCACUUGCCAAUCAGAACUGGUUCGCUCGUGUGUUCCAGAUUAAGCCGGCCACUCGUGUUAUCGCCUUGAACACCUCCAAGGUCAAGGGCCGGAAGGAGGUGUACAAGCUCCUGCGAGAGUGGAGAGAGUACGGCAUGGAGAACGUGUACUUGGAUAAGACCAACAGCGUUGUUCACGGUCGAGUGGGUGAACGCAACUUCCUCCGACUUCGCGCGGUUGAAUUCACAGCAGAGUUCUAUACUGUCCUCGAGCAUGGUCGCCAAGCAAACCUGAGCCUGGUCCGAUUCAAGCAGGAGCGUGGUGCUGCCUCGUCGUUCAAGGAAGUCGUCGAGACCGUGCAGAUGACGCUGAAGCACCGCGGUUUAGUUGUUGAAGAUCCCGCACGCGCGAAGAAGAUGACCCGCGUUCUGGACGCCGUUCCCAAUCCUAACUGA